AUGGCUGGAAGACGAAAUCGUGGAAACGUUCCACUGCAUGAAGAGGACGACAAUCGAAUGGAAGAGCUAGAGAAGUUACGUGAACUAACCAAAGAAGGCGACCCUACUGAAUGCGAGGGACUUAUUCGAGAGUUCCACAAAAAGGUUUUGGCAGUUAAAAAACCGGAAACCAGGGAUAACUUGCUUGCUGAACUGAAAAAAUUUUCCAGCUGUGGACUGAGCAAGGAACUACAGGAAAAGAUUUCGGAGAGGGGUUUGAGCUUAGAAGGACUUAACCUUGUGCUGCAAUAUCUGACAACGACAAACGACCUCGCCCAGUACCUUUUUGCUUGUUCUGAAGAAGAUGUGAAAAAAGACGGUCUUGAAGUUGUGAAAAGGAAGCUAGGACCAAGUCUAGAAGUUCUUGGGGGAUUGGUUUCCAAGAAUAUAGAUACUAACAAGGCUUGGGUCGAAAGACUAGUCAACGCAGUGCCAUCUCUUCAGUCACUUGCUCGUAUCUCCAUCAGCGACCUAACCACAUUGUGCGAGGAAGGCGAAGGGACAGCUAGUCCUGGAGAAAUGGAUGUAGUCCGCAACCUUAUAAAAGUAGCUGAAUCCCGUUCUAGACAACUUUCUACCCGUGAAGAAGAACCAGAUAAAGGGGGAAAGGAGGAGAAAGGGAACAUUAUUGACGAAGAAAAAUUGGAGAAAGCCAGGGCUCUCAUGAAAGAGGCAAAAGAGGAGGCAGCAAAACAGUCGGCCGAAGCUAAAGAGGCUGUUCAGAAGAAAAUGGAUGACAUCACAAAAAUCCUUCAGCUGCCAUCAGACUGGUCUAAACAAGAGAAUGGAACUGAUCAGAAACAACUGCUAAAUGAGAUGGACAAAAUGAUUGGACAGUUUGAUAACGUCGUUGAAGUGGGUGGACCUUACAAAAGCGACAUUGAAGUUGUGGAAAAAGCCAGCGGUGGCCGUGCUCUCUGUGGCAUCUAUUUCUCCCAGUAUGUUCCAUCACGUACAGCUGAAAGACCGCUCAUAACUAAACCUGCAAAAGUAACACUUUGCAGCCCUAACAAUUCUCAGCAGAUUAGAUACUUAAAAUUUUCCGAAAGCAGGGCUGCGGCUAACUACGUUCAAACUGUCAAAUCUUCAAGCACGAACAUUGGUUAUAGUGUUGGUGGAUUUGCUUCACUUUUUGUUGGUGAAGUACACGGAAGCUACGGUUCCAGUCAAGAGGAAGGAAGUGUUUUUUCAAAAAAAGCAAAAACUAACUCUGCCUCUGUGUUGCAGUACAUUUGGGUUGCGACAAAAACGUUUAAGAUAGAACAAGAACAGAUGAGGCUGUCCAUGAGUGCAAGGAAAAUGGUAAUGUCAAUCAAGAAGUACGGAGAUCCGAACCAGCGCCAAGAAGCUGCUCGUAACUUUAUGACCCGCUAUGGGAGCCAUUUGCCAGCCGGCCUGCAUACACUUGGUGGGGUACUUUUCAACACUGUCGAUGCCGAGAGCGCCGACGAAGUGGAAACAUCUCAGUUAACAUCGAAAGCCGCACAGCAUCUUCAGAAUCAAAUAUCCGUAGGUUUCCUUGGGGGAGCAUUUGGAAUAGGAGCUAGCGUUAGUGUAGACCAUACCAGCAGCACUGGAAGCACAGUGGCCACUCAUCAGGAGACAGAUAAAACCUCGUAUACUUUCGCUAUUCAGUCGAUGGGACCAGCUGCGACAAAUCCAGUCACAUUCAGCAAGUUGCUGGCCAACAAUUCAACAUGGGCUUUGAUCGACCGUGGGGACCAUAACGCUUACAUCCCAGUUUGGGAGCUGAUAAGAGAUCUUGGCAGCGGUUAUGAUGAGGUCGCUCAAAUCCUGCAAGAUACUUGGAACGAAGACGAAAAAAUCAACCGGAAAAAGAGCCUUAAAGUUGAAUUCAAAAUAAUGAGUCUCAUAAAGAAGGACCUGGAAAUAAGGAGAGACGAAUACACAAGAAGGGUUGGUUGGCAUUUAUUUUUUAAAGACGAAUAUUUUUGUGGGCUUAUUUCUUCUCCUCUUGCUUGGAGUCUCUUUUCCUACUUAAUGCCUAGUACUCUUCUGAAACGUGUGUUGCCAAUACAAUGCACUUUGUUGUUCUAUUGUUUGAAAUAUACUAGUUUCAUGAGGCUAAUUAAUUUUACUUUACGACCGUACUACAAAUCAUCAAGUACAGUACUGAAAAAUAACUAAGAUCCUUCUGAACCACAUGCGUUAACUUGUUUUGUAGUGAAAAAGGGCAAUCAGCAGAUCCAGCAGCGGGAAUAAGCCAAGCAUUACAUUUUUUCUUUACUUGAUGCAGAGAAAAAUUUUAAAAUUUAAAAAGAUCCCUGAAGUGAAAUUCAAGUUAAGACCUGAGACUAAGAUUUAAGAGCCAAUGUCUGUAAUUUUCGAGAAUCGGUUGACAGUCGUGAAUUUUUGAAUUUCUUCAUAUUUUGCUCAAAUAAUCUCUAUAGUACACUAAUUUCAAAAAUCACGUUAAAACUUGUAACAGCGUUUUAUUUUUUCAGGAAUCAGGCAAAGUUUGGAAAACUCUAAAUCGGCGCUCUUUCGAGUAUGAAAUUAGCAAAAAUUGAGCAUUUUCUUCGCGCUCGUACAUAAAAACGGAAUAAUAUCUCUAGAUGAAAUCAAGUCACAAAACAGACACACAUUUUUACUCUAUAAUUCAGCAGUUAACUUUAAAUAAACCGUUUAAAUGUGACUGUACCGGCCGCAAGAAGAAUCACGGUUUCAGCACUUUUCAAAAAUGGCAAAUUUGACCUAACUUCACCAUCGUAAAAACCCAGUUGGUACACGGAAUUUCAAUAUGAAACAAGACCUGUAUUGAAGCAUAUCCUUUGCUGUUGCUUGUGUUAAAAUAUUUCUGGCGGCAUUCCAAAUGCGCACCGUCGAGAGACCAAAACCUGAAGGGUAUUUUGACACCAGGAAAGCGCGUGCAACUAGCAAGUUUCAACGCUUGGAAUAUUAAUCCCUCGCAAACCUAAGUUACUUCGGCAUUUAAACCCUAGUCCGAGUUGUAACGGUUUCAGAUUAUAUUUAGGCGUUUCUGUUCGGUUUAACAUGAUUCCUUUCAACUGAUUUUUGCGAUAAACCAUAAUGAAGAGACGAAUACGCAGUUCAAAUCACAGUUAGUAGAGGGGAAUAUUGUCGAAAUACUCGCUUGCUAUAGUUUUAAUCGUAUUGAAACCUUAAUAUCAGAAAAGUUAUUUACUUACCUGAAUUUAAAUGCUAGACGGGGUCACAGUACCGCUAACUAAAUUCUGCAUCACGGCAGAAUCGAAGUUAAGUUUGCAUAUGUUUUCAAUCUGUCAACACGAGGGAAGAUGACAUUCUGGAAGUGCGUGACGCGUAACGCGCCGAAAAAAAAAAUUCCUGGUAUAAGUGUUUUACGGUGCAAGUCUUUGUUGUAUGUUCGUAUAGCAUCUCGCACAUAUUCAAACUUGGUUUGUGGCGCCUGUGGCCCCAGUAAUGCUGAACGUAUUGCGAUCAUAGAAAAGAUGUCGUGAGUCACUUGGUAUGCUCCUGACUUGUUAGUCACGUGAGUAUGUAGGGCAAUAACCAAAAAUGCAAACAUCGACCCUACCAUGCUAAUGAUAAAAGUAAGGUUUUCUGCAUUUACGUUAGGUGAUCUUUGUUCGAUCCACAAAAUUGGCGCAUGAAAAUAAGAGUUUUUCUUCACCACCUCUAAAUGUUUGGUUCCGGGUAGCGGUGCCACAAAUCACGUGUUACCGUUCUAGAUCAACCUACUGGCUGCUCAUUGAGGGGUCCAUAAAGGCACAUUGAUUGAUGACUGCGUAUGGCCUGAACUGAAAAUGAUAUACUCAGACGUUUUCUGAGCGACGAAUGAGCACCUUUUACACUCCUCUUUCGUUUCGAAAAUAGACGAGCACGCGAGCGAAGCGAGCGCGCGAGAGAGAGCCCCUUGCUCUACUGGUCAAUAAAUCCCCCGCGGCUUUUAUUUUCAUACGCAAAAUCGACGAUCUUCAAACAGAAAAUAGAUCGACGAUCUCCAGUGAAAAAGUAGAGGGUCUGUGAACAAGCUACGAAGGUGCUUGCUAUUAUUUUAGUGAACUUUACAAGAGGUCUCAGGUGAUUAUGCUAACGUCAUGAAAAGUCUACUUUAGGGAAGGAGGAGGAGAUGGGUGGGUUGGUUGGCAUUGGGUUCUCCUUUGGGAUCAACCCUACACAUACAAAAAUUCAUGUCUUUAUCACUACAUUUAGAGCUAACAGACUUUGUUUGAUCCACAAAAUUGGCGCAUAAAAUCAAAAGGUUUUCCUCACCACCGCUAAAUGUUUGGUUCCGGGUGGCGGAGAACAGAGCACGUUGUACCGUUUCAGAACAGCCUACUGGCCAUGCUGGCUGAUCAUUUAAAAGGGGUCCGUAAAGGCACAUUAAUUGAUGACUCUGUGCGGCCUGAAGAAAAUUAUAUACGCAGACGUUUUCUGAGCGACGAAGGUGCUGUCUUUACACUUCUUUUUCUUUUCGAAAAUGGCCACGGACUUCUCUCCUAGCUCCUCGCCGCUAGGCGGUCGUUUUUGCCUGAGAGAUACCACCACGAAGGAGUUUUAGCACACAAGUCACUGCAGGUGCAGACCUAGGAAAAGGGCAUUCUCCAUCUGAAAUUUUAAAUCGAAAUGAAAGGCUGUUUUCAGCCUUUUAUUUCUUUUCUCCGCAACGUAUUUGGUUAAAAGAGAGUAAGUAAAAUGGAUGAGGCACUUUAAAGCUUUUUUUUCAUUUUCGCGACGGAUUUUGACGUUAUGAAAAAGAACUUGUCAGUGAAUUGGUUUAUUUUCUAGCCUGCGAACAAGUGCCGGGGGGAUGGUGGCGGAUAGAGCAAGGUGACUACACCUUUUUUCAGGCGGGAGCUAGCAGUACGUACAUUCUGGUCUACCCCAUACUGUAUAGACUGGCCUUUGAGGGCCUCUGUUCGGGGGGCGAGGGAUCAGUACAAUUCGUCAUCAGCAGGGUGAGGUCUCGCCAGAAGAUGCCCUUGCUGCAGAGGAGCAAAGCAAUACUACUUUCAGUAAUUUAAACAUCAUACUUGUAUUUCGCUCAUCAAAUGUGUCCAUUGUCCAUUUUCGAUUUGUGGUUUUUCAGAAAGCUUUACUCGUUUCCAUUUCCCUGCUCUACCCUCAUGUUGCAUAUGGCGUACGUGUGUACCUAAAUCCUUCAAUUCAUACUGAGGUGAUCGAUAAAGAAGUCUAUACGCUAAUCGGGGUUAAGAUUAGUUUGUUACAAGCAAAGGCGCGGAAGGCUAAGUGCAAAUAAAAAAAACUAGUGUGAAAAGUUUUGCAGACUCGGCUUACUCUAUUUGUUUUCUUUCUCUAUUUGAGUUUCGGCUGGUUACAUCCUAAAAUCAAGUUUAGUUCCACAUGUUUUGGGAAUAUAAAAAAUAAAACUAAAAAAAACAUUGUUAAUUGUACACUCGUGCGAUGAUUUAUCCUUGUCUAUACAGUUGCGUGACCAGACUCAAAUUACACACGGGCUUUCAUCACGCAUCACAGCGUUUAGUCUGAGACUAAACGACGGAAGAUUUCAGUAAACUGCGGCCACUUGCGGUUGAAACGACUGUGGUAAGUAAUUCUUAGAGAUCUCGAAUCCUAUUUAGAGCUAGCACGCCGUUUCUAGAGGCUUUAUUUUAGGUGCAGAAACUCGAAGUUAAUAUAUAUUUACACUCCAUGAGAACUUAACAGCGUUGUCUUUUUCAGCUACUUGCGUGCAAUCAAAUGCAGUGUUAAUCUACUUAGUUCUUUUUUAUAAUCAUCAAAUUGAAAAGCGUUUUUCAAAAGAUUUUUAGAGCUUCCCGUAAUGUGCCCCUUGUAAAAGAAGCUAAGUUAGCAAAAACUUUUGAGUGCCUACACUCGCGGCUAGCUUGUUUUCAGCGUUCCAACGUGCGAAACUACGCUGCACGUUUCGGUGUCUCAGCGACGCACUUUUGUAAUGCCGCCAAAAAUUUUUUAACACAAGAAACGGCAAAGAAUAUGCUUUUAAACAGUGUUUGUUUCAUGUUGAAACUCCAUGUAUCAGUUGUUUUUUUUGAUGGUGAAGUUAGGUCAAAUUUGCCAUUUUUGAAAAGAGCCGAAAUCGUGUUUCUUCUUGCGGCCAACAGAGUCACAUUUAAACAGCUUAUCUAAAGAUAAUUGCAGAAUUAUAAAGUACAAGUCUGUGUUUUCUUUGUGACUUGAUUUCAUUUAGAGAUGUCAUCCCGUUUUUAUGUACGAGCGCGAAGAAAAUGCUUAAUUUUCGCUAAUUUCAUACUCGAAAGAGCGCCGAUUUGGCGUUUUUCAAACUUGCCCGAUUCAGGAAAAAAUAAAAAGCCGUUACAAGUUUUAAUGUGAUUUUUGAAAUACGUGCACUAUAGAGAUUAUGUGGGCAAAAUAUGAAGAAAUUCAAAAAUUCACGACUGUCAACCGAUUCUCGAAAAUUACAGACAUUGGCUCUUAAUGCUUUGCUUUGUUUUAGAAACCCGAUAAGGAAAGCUUCGGGUACUUUCCGGCAAAUGGUGCACCGAUGACAUUCAGCUUUCCCACACUCAAUUUGUCACGAGAAGAGGCAUAUCAAACAGCUUUUGAGAUUAUCAUGGAGGAUCCAAGAUACCGCAUCUGUGAGAUUGCUCUGUCCGCUGGAGACAAGUACACAGUGCGCUGCUGGAAAGCCGUAGACGCUGAAAAAAUGAGGUUUGAGAAUGCGAAAGGUGAACAUAUCUUGUUCUACAGUGACCUUAUAUUCCGGUGGAAAGACGAUAUUCCUAAAGCCUUGUUUUAA